GCUGCUGCUGCUGCGCUCUGGCUCCGCCGCCGCCGCCGCGCAGCUGCAGCCCCGCUCCCGCCCGCGGCGCGCCGAGACCCCAGCCCGUGCCUGCUGGCAGGCUUCAUCAGCAGUUUCUCGAUGUUUGGAAAGUUCUGAGACCCACCCUGUUGCACCACUUGCAACCAGUGCCUAAGACUACAAAAACAUAUGUGUGGAAGAACCUUUCCUUGAAGGAAGUGUCCCCUCGCUAUACUGCGGAAACUCCGUGCAAGCCUUGCCAGGCAGGAGAGCGAUUUGUGCUUCCACUGGUGUUUGUUUGUAAUCUCUGCUUCUUAUGCACUCCAGCACCCCUAUCAGUUCCUUGUUCUCCUUCACCAGCCCUGCAGUGAAAAGGCUGCUGGGCUGGAAACAAGGAGAUGAAGAAGAAAAGUGGGCAGAAAAAGCUGUUGAUUCCUUGGUGAAGAAGUUAAAGAAGAAAAAGGGUGCCAUGGAAGAACUGGAAAGGGCUCUGAGCUGCCCGGGUCAACCCAGUAAAUGUGUCACAAUCCCUCGUUCCUUGGAUGGGCGGCUGCAGGUGUCUCACCGCAAGGGGCUUCCCCACGUCAUAUAUUGCAGAGUGUGGCGCUGGCCUGAUUUACAAUCUCACCAUGAGUUGAAACCACUGGAAUGUUGUGAAUUUCCAUUUGGCUCAAAACAAAAAGAAGUGUGCAUUAACCCCUACCAUUACCGGCGGGUGGAAACCCCAGUCCUACCUCCUGUACUCGUUCCAAGACACAGCGAGUUUAACCCUCACCUCAGCCUCCUCGCCAAGUUUCGAAACACUUCUCUGCACAGUGAGCCACUGAUGCCGCACAAUGCCACCUAUCCUGAUUCUUUCCAGCAUCCUCCAUGCACCCCUUUUCCGUCAUCACCCAGCCACAUGUUUUCCCAGUCACCUAACAGCAUCAGCUAUCCCAACUCACCAGAAAGCUCUUCUGGACCAGGAAGUCCCUAUCAGCUCACAGGUAAUAAUGAGCUUUUAGACAUUCUGACUGAGGCAGUUGAGGUUUUUGCCAGGGCCUGGGGUCAGGUGACAAUUCUGUAUGCUUCCCCCAGGCUCUGACUGACUUUAUUUCCUACAGACUUUCGCCCUGUUUGUUAUGAGGAACCCCAACACUGGUGCUCAGUUGCCUACUAUGAACUCAACAACCGUGUAGGGGAGACUUUCCAGGCUUCCUCUCGAAGCAUCCUUAUAGAUGGAUUUACAGAUCCCUCAAAUAACAAAAACAGGUUCUGCCUGGGUCUUCUCUCAAAUGUAAACCGCAACUCUACUAUAGAAAACACAAGGAGACACAUAGGAAAAGGUGUUCAUCUUUACUACGUUGGUGGGGAAGUUUAUGCUGAAUGUGUCAGUGACAGCAGUAUUUUUGUGCAAAGCCGCAACUGUAACUACCAGCAUGGUUUCCACCCAGCCACUGUCUGCAAGAUCCCCAGUGGCUGCAGCCUCAAGAUCUUCAACAACCAGCUCUUCGCCCAGCUGCUUGCCCAGUCAGUCAAUCAUGGUUUUGAAGUGGUGUAUGAGCUGACCAAGAUGUGUACUAUUCGAAUGAGCUUUGUUAAAGGCUGGGGAGCAGAGUAUCAUCGCCAAGAUGUUACAAGCACGCCCUGCUGGAUUGAGAUUCACCUGCAUGGACCGUUGCAAUGGCUGGAUAAGGUGCUGACACAGAUGGGCUCACCUCACAACCCCAUCUCCUCAGUCUCUUAAGAAUCAUCUCUAGAAUUUCUUUAGGAUGGAUGCUAUUGCAGGCAGUGGCUUAUAGAAUUCCCAGUGAACAGAAGCUUCUAUAUGUAGAUGUAUGUAGAUGUAAAUAUAUCCAUACAUAGUCUACUCUUUUUUUUUUUUUUUUCAUGCUACAUUUUGUGGUUUCUAGUUACUCUGAUGCCAGUAAAACAAGUUUAGAAAUUCAGGUAUAGCAUAUCUGUUCUCUAGUGCAAAAUAAGCCAAAUUCCUGCAAAAGUGUCAAACAUUUCCUGUGAGCAUCUUCAUUCCCCAGCAAAGCCAGUAAAUGGUGCGAUUUCUCAGCACUUUCAUGUGGGUUCGGAAACCUGGCUGUAGCUGUUCCUAGUAGGUGAAAUUCACCCCUCUGCAGGCAACCAAAGUCAGAUCUCUAUGCCAUUUAUAUCCAUUUUACAUCCUAAUUUCAGGUCUAAAAGAGGACCUUAGAUGGUGCACAGGACUUAUGUAUAGAGAUGACUUUUAUCUAGUGAACUGAAGGACUAAAUUGCAAUUCCAGUCUGACUCCCUACUGCAAAGCAUGAUGGGACAACAAAUCCUCGGAGGAGCUGAGGCACCCACAUCUCCCCUAGGAUUUGGCAGGAGGAGAGAGCCCUCAGGACACACUCAGCACUGGAGCCUUAUCAGAGCAUUCUGGACACCUCCAAGUAGUCUGUUACUGUUGACACAGUAGGGUACGGUACUGCUGCACUGAAAAGCAACAAGCUCCUAAGAAAAAAUAAUAAUUGAAAUACAUGCCUAUGAGUUAAAAACCUAAUUAACUUCCAGUGCUUUUUUUGCAUACAUACAUACUUGCAUAUGUAUCCGGCAUGUAAACUGAAUCCUAUCCAUUAUACAGUAUUGAUGUAGUUUGUUUUAAAGUUAGGACUGUCUGUAGAUAGAAUACUGUGCUGAUAUCAAGGGUACACCUCAAAGGGGCUUGAACUGUGAUUCAGAAAAGGGAAAUGAAGUGUGCAUUGAAGAAGCAAAAAUUACUUUAUCAUUCACCUUGGGAUAGUCUCCAUACUGGGAGUAGGAAGCCCCAUGCAAUGAGAAGGAGGUGGGAGUCAGCCACAUCCAUCCCCUGUACUGGGCCAGUCCUUGGGAUCUGACUGCGGCACUCGGGUGUGACAGAGAGAGUGCUUCCCUGCCAGCCACACAUCGUUCCUCGUCUUAGAUACAGGUUCCAUCAUUUGCUGUGCUUUUGCCUUGCCUGCAGGGGCUGGUGAGGCAGUGUAAGCCGUGAACAAGAGUGAAUCGAUGUGCAGUGCAUCGCUGUGUUCCUUCUGUAAGCAGGAAAAGCUGUUGCCCAUAUCCUCAUCCACAGAGCCAGCCUUGAAAAAUGCUGUUCGCUUUGUAACCUUCUUUGAGGAGACAGGUGAAACUCUUAAUAGAUUUUGAUGGUCUCCAUCAUUUUGCUGAAAGGAUCGAGUAUUAUUUCUUUCAAGGCAUAACAGUUCACUGAAAAUUGUUUUGCUUUAAGGAUCAGAAAAAGUGAUACUUUUUGCAGUCUCAUUCCUCCAUAGAAUACACUAGAAGUAUCAUGAGGAAAAAAAAAUGUUUUACAGAAUGUUUCUUUUCUUCUCACACAAUAUCUGGUGCUACACAUUUUGCUGCAUAAUUCGAAGAGGAUGCCUGAAAUCUUCAGCUAUAUCACAUAGGCAAAGGAAAUAACAUUCACUGGAAAGACAGUGAGUAAACUAACAGUGUUAUUUCAUUUCAAUGCAUCUUCAGCUGCCUGCAGAAUUCGCAGAACACAGAAGGAUAAAUUAUUGCUCAGUUUGAGCAGUAAUAGCAAGUUGUAUAUGAAAUUUGUACAUGCGAAGAACCCUGUUCUGUCAUCAUUUGACGUCAGCAGUGUCACUGUGAGAUAGGAAAAGCUUUACAGUCUCUUGCAGCAAUGAAAUACAAUAAUAAUAUUACACAGAAAUUCCAGGAGUGCCAUUUACUGUUUAGCAGACUUGAGAGACAUCAAUUUGAAAAAAUGCAUUUUCCUCAGCUCCCUCUGUCAUCAAUGACCCUGUACCAAGGUACUGGUAACAUGUUUUUUAGCAUGUUUAUUGCACCUCUUCUCCAGUAGCACCUUGGCUCUAGGAUGAGCACCUUUUCAUGUUGCUCAUUUCUUUGCUUUCUUUAAGGACAGAGAAAAUCCCCUCUUCUGUCUAGGAUCUUGCUCUGUCCUUUAUCCUAGGUUCUUUCUUGCCUUUUAGGCUGAAACCUCCCUCCCUUCUAAUAUGGAGAGAAGCUUGUAUAGAGAGAAGACAUUCCCAGCAUUGUCAUCUUCCUCACAGAGAGCAAAAAGGAGAUGUUCUUAGGUGUAUCUGCUCUUGUGCAGCUCCAGAACCCAGUUUUUGCCAAUGCUGAAAAACUGGCCAGUGAAGAGAAGCAGGUCCUUUUGAGGCAUCAUUCAUUUCAUCAUAAGACAGGCAUUUCAAGUAGGUGAAACGGUGCUUUGGGCAUACUUAUGUUUUCCCACUGAUUAUAAGGGGAACUUGUGUCGUUAGCACAAAUGUGGACUGCUACACUGGACGUUCCAAAAGUAGAUGAGGUCGACCCUAAGGAUGAUGUGGUAGCUUUCCCAGCCUAGUAAUGAUGCUUGCUCAGUUAAGUGUCUGUGUUGUUUGAAUAAAAGUUGGUAAAAUCAGAGCAGUUCUUUCUUUCCUGUAUGUCUACUUUUAUAGUAAUCCUUAUAUGAAUGGAAUUUGGCUUCCAUGCAGUCCAUACAUGCAUCUCAUUUAAGGCAGUCACCUUAAUACUACCUUACUAGUAGGUAAAGAGAAAUCUCUGAAGCAUGAUUCUUCUGACCUAUUUAGAACAUCUGUAUUAGAAUGAAAUGAAUUUCAGCAAAUUUAACUAUUUGUCGAAAAUUGGAUCAAAGCACCUGAUUCUGGGCAAUUGAAGCCAGUGGCCAUCCCAGAGUUGUUAGCACUGGAAAGGCUAAUAUCACUG